AUGGUCUUGGCACUCACGGGCAAGGGUGUUCAGAAGGCCAGGAAGGCCCAUUUCGAUGGGGGCAAAAAAGCUCUGCCCCUUGCGGACCUACAGCUUGAGGUUCCGGUGGCUUCGCAGUAUACACACCUUGGUGGCGUCCUGGACCACCGGGUGGAGAUGAAGCCGGAAAUGCGGCGGAGAUUGGCAGUGGCUACGUCAUCAUACGAGGCAGGUAGCAAGCUCAUCUUCGCCAACGGCACGAUCCCCCUCAACAUCCGCACCCAGAUGUUUGAGACGGUUGUCCUGUCAACCUUCCACAACAUUGCCCUUUGGAUACCGGAGGGACCAGCGUGGAGCUCUAUGUGCGGCGGGUACACUCGGCUUCUACGACGGCUACUUAGUACGCGGUACAAGGGCAGCCGCUUGUUUGACGUGCCCGCCCCUUUUGUGCACAUUGCGACGGGCAGCUGGUGUUUGGAGCUCCAUGCGGCCAAGAGCCGCCUUGGGACCCUUUCGGCCAUGGCCCGUAACCCGCCGGCACCGCUGUGGGCGGUUCUACAGCAGGAGCAGAAGUGGCUCAAAGUCGUGAGCAAGGACCUGGAGAUGAUCAAGAAUGAAUACGACGACCUCCCUGACUUGAACGCGGCGGACUGGCCUAGAUGGUGGCACUACCUCAGGGACAACGUCAGUCAGUUCAAGCAGAGGGUGAAGAAGACGCUCCAGGAAUUUCCUGCCAUGGCGUGGGGAUGCCGGAGCUGUCGGAGAUCUUUCAAGUCUAAAGGAUGUGUCCAGGGCUCGAUUUGCGCUGCUUGUGGCCGGCAAUACUGGAACACUGAAAGGCUGAGCACGCAUCUGCGUGAUUCGGCCAAGUGUGUCUCCUGGCUCCGGGCCCAGGGCAAAGUUGUGACCGAGGUGAUGCCGGGAAAGGGGAGCAAGGCUUUCCAAAAACGGUGCGCCGAGGAGUUUAGCCUUGCCCCUACGCAGCAGGCGCACCAGCCCAACUACACCGACACGGAGGAGGUCUGGGUAGAUGAACAGAAAGGCGCCUAUCGUGCCAUUUGCGAGGGCCUGACUGGUCAAGCACACUGGCAGUCAGUCGACGACAUCCGGGAGUUUGUCAUGGGCACCAUUGCGGAGUUCCCCCUGUACUACCACGAGGAGCAGGCAGUGGUUGAGCGGUUGGCUAGUGACGCUGCUCUCCUGUGGAAUACAGAGCCGGAUGGGCAAUGGGACCGCGAUACCUCGCGGUUAGUUAUGGAUGCCCUUGCAGAAAUGGAGCAGUGGCACCAACCUUUUGUGGAGGCGAGUCAUUUUACGGUGGAGGCGGAGUGCUCUCUUGGGCGCUUCAUGCACAGAACGGACUCCAUCGACUG